GUUUGUUUACUUGGGUUUUACGGAUCAUUGUAUGCGCAGUUGAAUCCGCAACUUAUUUUGUUCACUCUCUCAAAACACAACAACACCACUUUUCUCAAUCUUCAACUCUCUAGAAGACGAAAACGUUUGAGAUUCGAUUGAAUAGUAAUAAUUAUCAAUGGCGAGUAGUUGGAGAAGAACUUUGGGUAACGCAAGAUCGUUCGUUAACAAUUCGAUGGGCGGUCUCAGAGGUGGAAGCAACCUUGCUUCUUGGGUUGUCGCCGGAACCCUAGCUUAUUACCUUUGGAUCAAACCCGCACAAGACCUAAAACGCGAACAACAGGAAAAAGCUGCUCUUGCUACCUCUCCUGAUCCUUUUCGCUACGUCGAGACUCGAAAACCUGUUGCUGAUCCUCAAGUGAAUGGUUUGAUAUAUGGAAAUAACAACAAAGAAAAUUCAAAUAGGAGACAGGAUUAGCUUAUAGUAGCUUGAUUCAAAAUGGAAACAAUCAACAAUUAGGCUUAUAUUAUAUUUGGAUACAGGCUCAGUUUCAACUUGCUGUUGCUGUCCCUUAGUUCAUCUCUAAUAAAGGUUACCAUUUGUUGUAUAAAUGUUAUUGACAACAUACUCUAUUAAGGAUAUAAUAAAUUAAGGUUUCUAUUUUUAUUUUAUUUUUUAUAAUAAAUUGAGGUUUCUAUUUUACAUAGUAGAAAUGUUAUAGUGUACGUAUUUUCUUUAGUUUUGGGAAUGGGUGUUGGUAACAACCUAUCCUUCAGGAAACAUGUUAUUAAUAGUUAAAGAGCCUGUCAUUAAUCUGUUAUUACUGUAA